GUUGGAUUUACCCCUUGUGUUGUUGCGAAUGUUCUCGAAGUUAUUUCCUGUAUAUAUCGUUUUUUAUUCGAAUAAUUUUGUGGAAAAUUCAUUGAAGUAAUCGGAGCUCUUGAUGUAUAUAUGCGCAGAACAUUAUUUGUUUUUGAAGUUUUUGGAGAACAUUAUCGACUGUAACGUUAGAACCCAACGUUCGGAGACGCCGACUGCUCCGGUGAUCAACAGCACAGUGAAUCUCCAAUAGUUCGUCGCCGAGAUUGUAAAAAGAUUUACAAUGUUUGGAUUUAAUGGUGAUUAUCGAUCGAGGCCGAAAGUAUCCCUUGGUGGAGCAAGUAAACAGGAGAAAACUGAGUCAUUGUUGUUACAAAAUAAGUUAGAACGACAGAAAAGAGAGAACCAUAGACGGAGAAUUGUGAGUGCAACACAGUUACAGUCUUGGUGGAGGGGAUCGAGAGUGAGACAAAACAGAAGACAUAAAGAAAGAGAAGACUUUGAUGUGGAGUUACAACAUUACCAUAAAUCCAAAAGAUACAUAACAAAAAAUACAUUGUCAACUCUCUAUCGUCAGAUUUUAUAUUUUUACAAAGAAAGAAAAGACUCUGAUAGAUUGGUUUCAUUGUGUCAGUUACUCAUUAAGCAUCCUAAUGUCUCACUGGAAUUCCUCCUGGAUCAGCCAAAGUUAUGGGUUUACCAGACUGGACAAAUUUUACUUCAUUGUUGCCAGCUACUAGAAACAGCAGCACAGAGCUCCACUGCGAUAUCCUCACCACUACGAGUCAUAGAAAUCUACACGAGUAUAGAUACUUAUAGAAAGGACAAGAGAUUAACUCAAAUACAGACUACACAGAUAGUGAUUAAACUGAUGUCAUCACUCAUUCAUAAAGGUUAUUAUCAAUCAGUAAUGACAUUAUUAAAUGAGAGGGUACCCAGUGAUAUUGAACAGUCUCCCAACCCUCCAACUCCUAUUGCCACUACUGUACUGGAACUUGUUCUCAGACCAAUCAAACUUUCACAAUCUUGUAAAGAAAAUAAACAAUUUAGAAAUGUUGUAUUUGAAGGUCUAUGUCAGGAUAUAUUCUGUCCAAGUCUUACUGAUCAGAUUGGAUUAUAUUUACUGCCGGCAUUAGCUUAUGGAAAAUAUCCUUUCCCGUUUGUGGAUUUCUUGCAUUGUCUGAUCCCACAGGAUACCAUGGAAACAAACCAGUCCACAGAUACGGGUCUGGAACACCUUACAGUGUGGGCAUCGCCAUGGUUGCUCUAUUCAGUUUUGUUAUUAGUUGAGCCAGUAGCAGGUGAGUCACUAAAAUUUAAAUUUACACCAACUAUAAGUUCUAUCACCAGUCUGAGUAAUGUACGAGACCAGUGUCUGCAAUUAAUGAGUUCGGUAAAACAUGUGAAGUGUUUGUUGUCAUUGUUGACACACAAUGUACAGCCGUCUACUCUCACUGCACUAUGUACAAUAUGUCAUGUAUUGAUGACACAACAGAGAUUAUUUGUACAUAAAUCAAGAUUACUCUCCACGUUGGCAUUCAAUAAGGCUUUUUUGCGUCAUCUUUGGUACUGUGCAAUAUCUGUGUCUACCAGGGCAGUUACAGGAGUACAGAUUCCAUUAAUUAAAAUGUUAUCAAGAGGAUCACAAUUAUGUAAAGAAGAUACAAACAGGAUUUUACCGUUGUUAUCAUUAUUUUGUUCCUUAUUUCAACAAGCACUUAUUACAUUACAUGACGCAGAGUUCUAUGGAGGUUCGGGUAGCGACAGUGAAAGUCUAAUGCCAUUUGAGAUUUCUGAACUAAUACCAAUGAGUUUAACAUUAAGAGAUGCGUGUAUUGGAAUGAUAGAACUAGCACAUCCUGAGACAAAGCCGAGCAUUACAGAGGAUUAUAGGCAUGCUAUGUCAAGUGUUGGUGCCCGUCAUAAUGCUACGUCUGCUCAGGAGCUACAAAAACAAACGCAAAAUUGGGCGCAUGUUUUUAGGGUGACCACACAUUUAGUGAAGCAGUUACAUGAACGAGAUAUUAGACGACAGUUCUGUCCUAAUGACCACUGGUUGUCUAAGUAUAUCAGCAUAAGUGCUGACAAGUCCAGUAAAGUACAUCGGGGACACCAUGCUGGUUUUGCUAGAAUGAGUAGUUUGAGACUGUCUAAUAGACUGUGGUCGUUACGCCAUGCAAUGGCACCUGUAAGCAGCAGGAUGACUGCAGAUGAUGAACCACCAAUGACUACAACUGAAGCCAGACAACUUACUAUACUCACAGAACUACCAUUUGUAGUACCAUUUGAAGAAAGAGUCAAGAUAUUCCAAGGGUUGUUAAUCAAAGACAAAGAAGAAAGUCAGGGUGGUGAAAUGCAAAACUUUCUCACUGGUCCUGUUAUCGAUAUCACAAUCAGAAGAAAUUACAUUUAUGAAGAUGCCUUUGAUAAACUACGACCUGACAAUGAACCCGAUUUGAAAAAGAAGAUGCGAGUACAGCUUAUAAACGCUGCUGGUUUAAAUGAAGCCGGAAUCGAUGGCGGUGGUUUAUUCCGGGAGUUCCUAUCAGAGUUACUCAAGGCUGGAUUUGAUCCAAAUCGUGGUUUUUUCAAAACCACCUAUGAUAGGCUAUUAUAUCCAAACCCUCAGGCAUCUCUGUUAGAGGAAGAUUACACCAAGCAUUAUUAUUUUAUGGGUAGAAUGUUAGGCAAGGUAAUUUAUGAGAAUAUGUUAAUAGAGCUGCCAUUUGCCAGCUUCUUUCUGUCCAAGAUACUUGGGAGACAUUCAGCGGACGUGGAUAUUCAUCAUUUACAGUCUUUGGAUCCAGAAUUAUACAAGAAUUUACUAUUUUUGAAGAAUUAUGACGGUGAUGUGAGUGACCUUGAUCUAGAUUUUACCGUAAUGGACAAUGAUUUAGGGGAGACUAAGGUGCAUGAGUUAAAGCUUGGUGGCAGAGAAAUUCCAGUUACUAUCAACAAUAGAAUAGAAUACAUCCACCUGAUUGCUGAUUACAGGCUUAAUAAACAGAUCCGUCCUCACUGUAUUGCCUUCAGAGAAGGUCUGUCUAACGUUAUAAAUCUUGAUUGGUUAAGAAUGUUCGACUAUCAUGAAAUUCAGACGUUGAUAUCUGGUGCUGCUAUUCCUGUUGAUUUAGAUGAUUUAAGACAACAUACCAAUUAUUCAGGUGGUUAUACAAGUGAACAUGAAGUCAUACAGGCAUUCUGGAGUGUUGUAGAAAACUUUAACGAUAGACAAAAACGUCAGCUUCUCAAGUUUGUAACAAGUUGUUCAAGACCACCACUAUUAGGCUUCAAGGAUCUGCAUCCAGCUUUCUGUAUUCAUUACGGAGGUUCAGACGCAGACCGAUUACCGUCAGCCAGUACGUGCAUGAAUUUACUCAAACUACCAGCAUUUACCGAUAAACAGACACUAAGUGAGAAAUUAUUGUAUGCUAUUGAGAGCGGUGCUGGAUUUGAACUUAGUUAAUCUACCCGGGUUAUAUUACACCUGAUUCAAUUGGUGCUCUGGAAGCUGUGUAUCUGCUGUGACAUUGACAUUGACUUUUAAACAUGGCUGAACAUUGGAUUACAAUUCACACAUGGUUUUUGAAAUGUCAACAUCUGAUGUUAAGUUUUUCUGUGAAAAGAUUCACCAUGGACGAAAAUUUAAUUAAACAAAUGAAAAAAAAAAAUGAAAAAAAUGAAGUGCACUUGUAUGUGUUUUGUGAGGAACACGUGUGCUAAUCUGUCAAUAAUGAAAAUGUGUCUAUGAUCAAACUGAGUCGUAUAUUUCAAGCAUACAAUGAAAAGCAAUUUUUGGUUUAUGUGCUCUUGUAUUGGAAGUGAAUUUCUAAUAGAGUAAAUAUGGUAAGAAUGGUAUGUUAUGGGCUCAUACUAUCUUAACUAUCACAUGGGAAAUACAACAUAUUAUUGAACAUUACAUUAUGUUGCCCACCCUGUGUUUAUAUUUUAUUUUGACUGGUACACACUGGUAUACUGUAAAACACUUUGACAUUGAACAUUACAUUAUGUU